AUGUCCGCACAGCAGCCUAUGCCUCGUCUAGGCGACGCGCACAAUGGCCCAUCGCUGCUCGACCUGCCUCCCGAGGUUUUGCUGCAGGGCCUACUCCCGGUCCUCCCUUUGAAGGACCUCCUCAACAUCUCGCUAGUGAACAGGGAGCUUCACGCGCUCGCAAAUGACCCUGGGCUCUGGCGGUCCAUGAUGCAGGCGGACUUCUCGUACUCUGCCGCCAACCUCGGCCUCGCUGCUCCACGGUCGGAGGACGGCCGCAAUUCACGCGACGCGGGCUGGUUCAAGCGUGUCUAUCUCGGUCUCACUCGACCGCACGUGUAUCUCUGGGGCGAGGGAACACAGUCGCGUCUUACGUCGCUCGCGGACACUGGCAUGAACCGGUAUCGCUGGAACUUGCCCCGUCCGUACGACGUCGCACGCGCUUUUUCGCUUCCCGUCCCCACUACUCCUGGCGAGCGCGAGCCGGUCGGCGUCGUCGAACUCCAAGCCGGCGGGUGGAGCUUUGCAGCGCGCGACGCGGCCGGUAACGUGUGGGUGUGGGGCCAGCUAGAAGGAACGGGGUUCUCCCGUGGAGGUUGGGAGAACCGAAGGCACGAGGUCGAGAGGCCAGCCCGCAUCCCGCUUCCCAAUGCCGCUACAUCUAUCGCGCUCGGUCGCAGCCACCUCCUUGUUCUUGACGCCGACAACCUCGUGUGGGAGAUGCGUGCUUGGGGUCGUGCCUUCCAGCACACCGCCCGAGCGCUCACGGCCCCAACUGCAUCGGGAGCCGGCGCCCCGGGCCGCGCACCCCACAUUGCCCAGAUCGCAGCUGGUUGGGAGAUGAGCGCACUCCUCACUGCCGCAGGAGAUGUUUACGUCUGGUUCCCCUUCCGGGACGACUACAAGCCCGCAACAACACCAGAGGAGCAAAUGGAUGGCCCGGUGUGCAUUGAUGGCGUGAACUCGGCACGUGAGUUCAAGUGGGGCACUGUUAGCGGCGACAUUGUGCAGGCUACCGACCCAAUUCCGCCUCGCCCUGAGGUCAGCUCAAGCCUCACGGAAGAGCACGAUGGGCUCUGGUCAAAAGACUAUGACGAGAGAGGGCUGGCCGAGGCACAUCGCGUUAUCAAGAUUGCCUGCGGCCGCGACUUUGUCGUUGCACUCCGCAAGAACGGCGAGGUGUGGGCCGCGCGCACUUCAGACGGUACCGUCGGGGCCUGGGAGUACAUGCAGCACUUCUCAUUACCGACCAUCUCACAUAUCUCGGCCCAGUUCACGACGUUCGCGGCCUACUCCACGCCGUCUGAUGGAGCCGCUGGCAAGGUGCUUUUGCAGCGCCUCGAAUCGGUUUCGCGCAACUGCGGCCGCGAGGUACGCCCCAUGGAAGUCCCAGGCCUUGCGAACCUACCCGUGGUUCAGGUCGCGGCGGGUGACUGGCACUGGGCUGCUCUCACAUCGAAGGGUGAGAUGUACACGUGGGGCCAAAACGGGCAAGGGCAACUCGGCGACGGGAGUGUCAAUCCCCGCGAGGAGCCGACACGCGUUAAAUUCCCUCCCGGUGAAGAUGGGCGCGAAGCGUUUGCCUUCUCUAUCACGGCUGCCGGGAUGCAGACGGGUGCACUCGUGCUCGGGUACAAGCCCAAGAAGCUGCCGCAGCCACAAAAUGCUCGACCAGCAGCAGGCGAAGAUAUGCCGCGCAUAGACUUUCCGGGGCGUGGAAUAUUUGGGUUGCCCUUUCGGAUCGGCUAUGCUGGUCGUGGCGCUAUGCGCGGUGGCAGCUUUUCAGGACGUGGGCGUGGGGGUAUACCUCCUGGUCCUGGUGAUAGUCAUGGCGCGUAGAGUGGGAGAUAUACAACAGUAGUAGCAUGGGGUUUGGUGCAACCAAGAAGUACGAAUUACCGCAAACAGAUGUACCGCUCAGAAUUACCUCUCCGCGAAAACCCAGACAUCGAUAGCGGGCAUGGAUCCCGUGACGAUGCCCUUUGCAUCGUUCCAAUGCCAGCUCGCGUUCCGGUCCAAGACAUCAUACGUCGUCACGCACUCAUAACCGACCAUCGCCAUGCGCUGGAGGACAACGCACAUAAGCUGCGGCAUUGCGUGUUCGUAUUUGCCACCUGUAGUCGGCCAUGCCGUGUCACCAUCGCCGAGGCGCUUCAUGUUGAUGGCAAAGGCGCCGUGCUCCCGCGAGUACAAUGAACCUGCGCCUCCUGGCCACGUCUGAGCGUCAGUGACAUCCCAUCGGCAGAUUGGGGCGCAAUACACACCUCACAAGCCUGCACAAACGCCUCGCACACGCGCGGAUCAGGAGCAUCGAGCAGCGUGAUCAUGUG